UUUUAAGAUUCUUUUGUGCAUAAAUUGCAUUUAACCAAAAAACCAUAUAAAUAUAUAUAAAACUGAAAAACUUUAUCCCCAACUUACACACUGAGACUGAGUGAUCUCAUCUCACCUCACCUCAAAAUCACCCGUGAAAUGGCGACGAUAGCGGCGGCAGCCACCGCUUUCACAACCCUCCAUCUCUCCAGGACCUCCUUCAUCCUCCCCUCCCGCCGCCUCCGUACAUUCGUUACCUCGUCUUUCUCCACCACCACCAUCACCGCGGAAUUCAAUAUCAAAUUUGCCCCUCCUAAGCCCAAACCCAAAUUACCGAACCCAUCCUCUCCCGACUUGGAUCCGCCGGAUUCUUCGACUUCCGAACUAGGGGACCAGCUCUUCAUCCCGUGGAUUGUCAGAGACGAAAAUGGAAAUCUCACGCUCCGGACGACGCCGCCCGAGCGUUUCCUUAAAGGCAUGGCGCAUCAGAAUACGCAGAAAAAGAAGAAGAAAGAUGUUAAGAGUGCUGCUAAUAAAGUCAAGCAGGCAGCUCCCUCGGCUGAGCCCAAGUACUCGAAGGCGGCUCGGAGGUUUUAUAAUGAGAGGUUCCGGGAGCCUCCUCAGCGGCUCGCGAAGGUGCUGGCUGCUGCAGGAGUGGCGUCUAGGAGAAGUAGCGAGGAGCUGAUUUUUCAAGGGAAGGUGACUGUGAAUGGUUCGGUGUGCAACACACCCCAGACCAGAGUUGAUCCGGACCGUGAUGUAAUAUAUGUUAAUGGAAACCGCUUGCCCAAGAAACUUCCUCCAAAGGUUUAUCUUGCUCUGAACAAGCCAAAAGGUUAUAUAUGCUCAGCAGGAGAAAAAGAAACAAAGUCCGUGAUGUGUCUAUUUGAUGAUUUUAUGAAGAGUUGGAGUAAAAGAAACCCUGGACUACCAAGGCCAAGACUCUUCACAGUUGGUCGUCUUGACGUAGCCACAACUGGGUUGAUUAUAGUGACAAAUGAUGGUGAGUUUGCCAAUAAGGUUUCACAUCCUUCAUCUAAUUUAUCUAAGGAAUAUAUUGCAACUAUUAAUGGUGCGGUCAACAAGAGGCACUUGUUUGCCAUUAGUGAAGGAACAGUUAUAGAAGGUGUACAUUGUACCCCUGAUUCGGUGGAAUUGCUGCCGCAACAGCCCGAUAUUUCAAGACCACGGCUUCGUAUUGUGGUUCAUGAGGGAAGAAACCAUGAGGUGCGAGAACUCGUAAAAAACGCUGGACUUCAGAUUCAUGCACUGAAGCGUGUGCGAAUUGGUGGUUUCAGGCUGCCAACUGAUCUUGCGCUAGGGAAGCAUGUAGAACUGAGCUCAUCUAAUCUGAGAGCACUGGGUUGGAAGAGUUAAGGAAGUCAACCCUGAAAUCGCGAAGGUGCUAAUCCAAAUCCAAAUAACCCGGCAACGUGCAUGGUUUUGCAGAAAACCCACCUCAAUCUGAAUCACCACUUCUUGUUCCACCAAGCAUAGUUUCUGGCCUCUGAGGUACGAUUUCUUCUUAGAUACAAGUCUGGAAGAUCGAACUUCAAGGAAAAGUUUUGGUCUCCUGAAUAUUACCAGCAGAAUUGCUGCAAGAAUCCUGAACCCGUUAUGGCAGUAUAAUUCUUAUUUAGUGGAAUCCGAGAAUGUCAAUCCUCAGUCAUGUAUAGUUUGCAUUGCAAAAUUUAAUGCGAUGCUGUUGUAUAUCAAGAUAGUAUUUUCUGAUGUUAGAAUUCUGACUUUUCA